GAAAAUGAAAGGAAUGAAGAUAAUGACCCAAUUUUGUUGCAUUGUGGUGAUUCUUUUGAUCUGUCUAACACAAUUUACGGGGGCAGAGACAACGCCCAAACCUAAGGCGGUGACACAGGCAGCUCAGGUGACCACAACUACAACCACAGUGCGGCCCAGUCUCAAGCAGCAGCAAGCUCAACCACAACAACAGCAGAAGAAGCAAGAUCCGAAAUGCCUGCAGCCAUUGGAAACGGGACCCUGUCGCAUGAAACUGGAGCGUUAUUACUACAACAAGGAUAAGAAUGCGUGUGAGACAUUCAAUUUUGGCGGCUGUCGAGGCAAUGACAAUCGCUGGGGCUUUCGUCAGACUUGUGAGGAUGCAUGUCUUCUUGUCAAGAAAUGAGUCCAUGACGAUCCCAACUCAAUGGCCAUUCUCUAAGUAAAGAACUUGAGCAAAUAAAAUCAAUCUUUGAAAGUGUGAA